CUUCGGCGGCGGAACGCAGUGGCGGGCGCAGGUUGCGGAGGGCCGGUUUGAGGAGGGCACAGCGCAGCGCGGCGGGGAGCCGCGGCGCCGGCAUGAGGGAGCUGGCGCCCGGCCUGAAGAUGGAGUGCGACAUCUUGGACGCGCUGGAGGCCUUGGGGUACACGGGUCCUCUGUUGGAGGAGGAAGCCCUGAACAAAGCAGCAGAAAAUGGAUUGUCUUCACCAGAAUUUUUUGAGCUUUGCGUUUGGUUAGGUUCCCAAAUAAAGUCACUUUGUAACAUGGAAGAAAGCAUCACUUCAACAGAUGGUGAUAAAGAUAUAGAGAGCUUCCAGCUUGAGAUUAGUGGCUUUCUGAGAGAAAUGGCUUGUCCGUAUUCAUCACUUAUAUCUGGAGACAUCAAGGACAGAUUAAGAGAGAAGGAAGAUUGUCUUAAACUCCUCUUAUUUCUAAGUACAGAACUUCAGGCUUUAAAGAUAUUGCACAGCAAGAAAAUUAAAGGCUCUCAUUUGGAAAAGCACAAUGAAAUCUAUCAGGAAGUGCAAGCUAUUUGCGAUGCACUGGGCCUGCCAAACUCCUCGUCUGAUAUUCCUCCCUUGUUAACCAAUGUGGAACAAAAGAUAAAGGACAUUCUCUCAAAAGUUCAAAAUAACCAUGUGGGGAAAUCGCUGCUAACAAAACCUCUGAAUUCUGACCAAGUGGAAAGAUUGGAAAAAAUCAAUGAUGCUCUUCGCAGUGAGUACGAAUGUCGCAGACGUAUGUUAAUGAAGAGGCUAGAUGUGACAGUACAGUCUUUUGGCUGGUCUGAUAGAGCAAAGGUAAAAACAGAUGACAUAGCACGAAUCUAUCAGCCCAAGCGCUAUGCAUUAUCUCCAAAGUCAACUAUUACGCUAGCUCACCUUCUUGCUGCUCGAGAGGAUUUAUCGAAGAUCAUAAGAACCAGUAGUGGAUCAACACGGGAAAAUACAGUCUGUGCGAUCAACAAGGUUCUGAUGGGGAGAGUCCCUGACCGUGGAGGCAGACCAACAGAGAUUGAACCACCUCCUCCCGAAAUGCCUCCUUGGCAAAAAAGACAAGAAGGUGGUGGAAGAGGUGGCUGGGGAGGUGGGGGUGGGGGUGGAAGGGGCAACUGGGGGGGUGGAGGAGGUAGAGGAGGAGGUGGUGGUGGUGGUUUUGGAGGUGGGGGGUUCAGAGGUGGUGGAAGAGGGGGAGGUGGCUUCCAAGGUGGCAGGGGAGAUUACGGUGGCAGGGGAGGUUACAGUGGCAGGGGAGGCUAUGGUGAUCCAUAUGGUGGAAGAGGAGGGGGAGGAUACCGAAGAUACUAAAACACUGUAAAUAGUAACAGAGUAACUGGCAAAAUAUAGUGGUGGUGUUUACUGGCGUCAGGAAUCUAGAUAUGUUAACUUGGGUUUAGGUUAGAAUUAGGUAUGACCAUAUGAAUCAUUGCAUUAGACCAACUGAUGUUGUCAUUGAAUUCUUUUAGUUAACUGAACAGAACUUUUAUACUAAAAUGUGAUGACUGAAGUCCUUGUUUUUCGUACUGCUCAUAUGGUGUUUUUAAAUAUGUCAUUUUAUUUAAAAUAAGCCUCAAAAAACUGAAUAAAUCCCUUUCUAAACAAACAAAACAUACAUUAUUUAAUGUUCAGGCCUCUCUAGUUAUUGCAUGUUGCAUGUCCACUCCUCUGCUCCAAAAUGCUGUGUAGAAAAACGAAAAUAGGCUUAAGAACCGGAUGGAAGCACUUCUAAAAGACUGCUUUCAGGCUGUUUCUUUUCAUCUAGUUUUCAUGUGGGACGUGUAAACAAAUUUUAAUGUCAAAUGUUGAAAUCCUUAAGGCUUUGGUCAAAAUAAUUCAAUUAGGUUUCUUAUUCUUCCAGAAUAUCUCAUAAAAGUAACAUUCUGAAUUAAUACUCUACAGAAACUAAUAAAAUCAGGUUGUUUUGUGUGUUCAUAAAUAUAUCGCAGACUAUUUGAAGGUCAGAGUGUGUACCGUAAACUCAGAAUCAUGGUGAGUUUUGAUACUGUCUCUUUUCAUUUUACCUGUUCUCCAUUUUAUUGAUGUUUCAUAAAAAUAGUUUAAGAUCAGAUUGGGCAGGAAACUUCUGCAGCCAUCAUGUCUGGUAAGAGUUCAUUUAUAUACUCCUUCUGAAUCAGCCAUGAGACAUAAAGGUUUAGUAAGCUGAGAAAGCACAUACCAUUUCUUCCCACACUCCCACCCCCACCCCCCCUUUUUUUGUUUUCUCCCCUGCCUGCUCUGUUCGGGAAUCGCCAGCUGCUCAGCUAAGAGACAUCUCAUACAGCAGUUGCCCUUACUCAGUGAUUUCUGUUUCUUACUCCACCAGCCAAUUGGACUGAUAACCUAAAAGAAACUCUGUCUUGAUACAGUAUGGAUGCCACCUUCUUCACAGACAGUGUUACUGUAGAAGGAGUUCGCUUUCAUACAAUUAAAGCUGUAAAUACAUGUGGACAGGAAUUAAAUUUAGAGUGGCCAGUUAAAGAAAAGAGUUUCUGUUGCCCAGCGUCGUAUAGAUCUCCUCUCCUGCUCUGAGGCCACUCCUGAGUACAGAGGUGGAACGGGGAGAUGAUGCACAAGUAUAUACUCAUGACAGGAUUCAUCAGGGUACUGCAGAGAGGUUUGGGACAGCAUCUGAUAAACCUAGGGGUGUCUGUAGAUUGCAUAGCACUGAAACCUUGAAGCACUUUGAGUAUGUAGCUGUAGGCUUAACUGCAGGUUGAACUUUAGAAUUUGAUUUUAGUUUUAUGUACCACAGUUAUGAGUUAUUUUUGCACAGAUUUCCUAUUGGUGUCCAUAUUUGGUAUGCUUUAAAGAAGAUGUUUUCCCUUCAGGAACAGGUGCAUCAUGUCCCGUUCCAUAGGCAGCUUCAUGCAUGAUGGUAAAGCUUGGUUCAAAAUCAAAUUAUUAUCUCCUUCAGUAGCCUGUGUCAGAUUUUAUUAAUUAGCCAUCACUAUCAUUUCAUUUGAAACUUUAAUCUAGAUGAACUUCAAAAGUUUCUCUUCUGUUAUUUCCUCUCUGAUCAUAGUCUGCUUGAGAAUGCUGCUGUGAUGUGAUAGAUCCAGCCUUACUUUAGGGUCCCAGCAGGUGCCUAACAAAAAAAGGGCAGGAGUUUUCCUUGCUUGGAUGUGAACUCUUGCAAUAACGGCUUAACUUCACAAAUUGAUGACAUACCAAGUGACGCUGCUGGCCUUGGAGCUGAAGUGUUGGUCAGCAAAGGAAGGACAGAUUUGGUUUUAGCAACCAAAGCCUUAAUGUAAAAUUCUGUUUGCUCAUCCCAAUGUUAUUUUUACUACAAGUAAUUUCCAAACAGCAGUGAAGCACUGGGCUGCACCAUGGAAAUAUGUUGGGAAAAUCAAAUGGUUUAUCUAUGCAUAAAGAUUUCAUCAGUCUUAAGAUGUGAAGUCGCACUGGUUUAGUUGAACUGUUGUAACCGUGGAUGUGCCUUGGUGCUUUUACACUAAUCACUUUAUGCUGUUGGUAGCAGGCAGGACAGUUCUGAACAAAGUAAACCUGAAUCAAGUGAACCAGCUAUGUGCCCAUGUGUAAUUCUAACAGUUACAUUAUUUCAGUAUCAGAUUUCAGUUACAUUUAUGUAGACCAUAUAAAAGAUGGAAAUUUAAAUAGGUUGGAGAUUUUGGUUUUUUAAUCUGGCCAUUUCAGUUUUUCUUAAAUAAUUCCAAAAUGUGAAGUCAGUAGUUGAAAACUAAAGUAAGCACCACCCCAUUUCAUAGAGGUGUCCUUCUCUGUCCUCUGUUAUCAGAAUGUCUGCUUUUAAUUUAUCAAAAGAUGCAGUAAUAUCAUGAAAAUAAUUGAUUUAAGCCUCUUCUCAAAUUUUGUAUGUUUGUCUUGGGAAAAUAAGUAUUUUCAAAAAUUCUGUUGCGAGUAAAACAUUUUCAUAUAUGUUUGUGAGCAUUUUUGUGUUUAUUCACACUUAGUGAAUAUCUACCUGAAUAUUGUUUUGUUUGAUCAAGAACUGAAAAAUAGGUUGGGGGGUUUUUUUUCAGGAUUUGAGAGAGAUGCUUUUGUUAACAGCUGUAAACGCUGAGGAAUAAAGUACUGUAUUUGAAGUUGUUUGCA